CUCGUUUGUGUAAACAGCAGUAAACAUGGCGUCGCUCAUCCUCAAACCCUCUCAUAUGCGGUGUAUCGUAAGGACAUGCAAGUGUCUAAACUUGCAAUGGACAAAGAAUCGGUUUUGCUCAGAGAGAAGUUACGCUACCGACGGAGACAGCAGCAGGGUUCCCAAAAUAUACACAAAAACUGGAGACAAAGGUUUCUCAAGCACUUUCACAGGAGAGAGAAGGCCAAAAGAGGACCAUGUGUUCGAGGCGUUGGGGACUACAGACGAGUUGUCCUCGGCUAUAGGUUUGGCCAGAGAGUUCUGCAUUGACAAAGGGCACUCAUUCACCCAUCAGCUAGACAAGAUACAGUGUGUUUUGCAAGACGUGGGUUCAAAUAUUGCCACCCCUCGGUCAUCUGCAAGAGAAAGCCACAUAAAGAAAACUAAAUUUGGCACUCAACCAGUCGCAGACCUUGAAAACUGGAUCGAUGAAUUCACAGAGGAACUCCCUGCACUGGCCAACUUCAUAUUACCUUCUGGGGGAAAGAGCAGCGCUGCCUUGCAUAUGGCACGGACAGUCUGUCGCAGAGCAGAGCGCAGUGUUGCACCUAUUGUGCGUUCAGGUGAAGCAGAUCCAGAUGUUGCCAAAUUUUUGAAUAGAUUGAGCGACUACCUGUUCACUGUGGCCAGAUAUGCAGCCAUGAAAGAAGGCAAUGAAGAGAAAAUCUACAAAAGACCAGAAUAGGGAAUGGGAUUCUGUUGUGAAGUUAACAGUAGCAUAGUUCUGUCAACGGCUUGUGAUUAGAAUUUCAAUAAAUUAUGCCUAUU